UACACAGAGAGACAUCAUUAACUGCAGCAGGUGAUUCUAAAGCCUCAAAAAGGGAAAUAUAUUUUAGAGGGAAACAACAUAUUCAUACUAAAGAAGCCAAAAUAAAAGAAAUCAUCAAGAUGGUUAAGCUCUGUGGACUUCAUGUACUCUAUCUCCUGGUAUUUCACCUGGCUACGUGCCAUGGUAUAAAUGAAUUGUAUGCCAGUGGACCUCUGCAAGACAUGACUUUCUCUGUAUCAGAAGGUACAAUUGGAAUUCAUGUAAUAUACCAGUUUACAAUUGAGCCACCUGCUGUCAGUUUGAGACUGUCUGGUGAAAAAGAUGGCGUCAUUGAGAUUGCAUCAACUAGCGGCUAUCUGUAUCUCAACGGGUCUCUAGACAGGGAAAACAAAGCAAUCCACAGGCUACAGGUGGAGGCUCUGAAUGUAACAGGACAGAAAGAGAAAGGUCCCUACUCUAUUACUAUCAAUGUUCAGGAUAUUAAUGACAACCCACCAAAGUUUGAGAAGUCAAAAUACUUUGGAGCAGUAUGGCAGAAUUCCCGUCCAGGCAAACCCUUCCUGUAUGUCAAUGCCACUGACCGUGAUGAUCCUACAACUCCCAAUGCACAGCUGUUUUACAACAUUCUCCACCAUUUCCCCGACCCUUAUAAGCAGAUGCUUUUUCAGAUUGAUAACGUAACUGGAGCAAUCUCAACAAGUGAGCUUGGUUCUCAUUUAUUAAAUCCCCAAACGCAGGCUAUGUUCACCCUUGUUGUCACAGUGAAGGAUUUGGCAGGAAUGUCAGAGAACGCUUUAACCAGUAACACAGACGUGGAAAUAACUGUGAAGGAGAACCUUUGGAAGGCACCUCCGAAAGUAUCUAUCAAAGAAAACUCUACUGAGCCUCAUCCCAUCUCUAUCAUGCAGGUGCACUGGAAUGAGCCAGGUGCAAAAUAUGACCUUUUGCAAAAGGAGAGGCUACCCAGGUUCCCAUUUACGAUUGAUCAGAAUGGGACGAUUUAUGUGACUGAACCUUUGGAUAGGGAAGAAAAAGAAUUGUAUUCAUUCUUUGCAACUGCAAAAGAUGAAGGAGGAGAGGAACUGGACCGGCCUUUGCCAAUCUUCGUUCAGGUUGAAGACAUUAAUGAUAAUCCUCCUGUGUGCCAGAAUGCUUUGACUAUAUUUGAAGUUCAGGAGAAUGAAGGAUUAGGGAGCAAUAUUGGAACUCUGCGUGCUACAGACAUGGAUCAAGAAAACACUCUUAAUUCUCGCCUGCAGUUCCGUAUUGUGGACCAGAACCCCAAAAUCCCUUUAGAUAACCUCUUUAUUAUCCAGCAAGAAGCUGGGACUUUCCAGCUAUCUAGCCCUUCAUUAAACAAGCGGGUAGUUUCGAAUUAUUUUAUAAGGGUGGAGGUGACAGAUAAAGUGUUCACAACAUUGUGUGAUGUGAAAAUAAACGUCAUUGACAUCAAUGAUCAGAUUCCCAUCUUUGAAAAAUCAGACUAUGGUAUUUUGAUUGUUCUUGAAGAUACUCCAGUAGGAGAAGUAAUACUAGAAAUUCAAGCUACAGAUGCUGACGAACCAUUCACUGGGAGCUCUCAUAUCAUUUACCAAAUUGAAGAGGGAGAUCAAAAUAAAAACUUCAUUAUAGAGACAGACACCAAAACAAAUAGGGGAUUUGUAAAGAUUAACAAGGUUCUUGAUUUUGAAAUGUCUUCAACAUACAACCUGACAGUCAAGGCCACAAAUCCAGAACCUUUGGUACAAGGAGUACAGUAUAAUGCAAGCUCCACUGCCUAUUUUGGAGUUGUUGUGGUGGAUGUGAAUGAAGUGCCAGUUUUCUCUCAGAACAUUUAUAUAGGAAAUAUAUUUGAAGAUGUUCCUGUAGGUACUUUGGUGAUGACAGUGACAGCCAAUGAUCCUGAGGGGGACCAGAUAAGGUACAUGUUGAAAAGCAACAACAGAAACUGGCUGCGGAUUGACACAUUUUCUGGAGAGAUAUAUACCGCUGCUCCUUUGGAUCGAGAAGUAGAACAUGAAUACAAAGUAGAAGUCACUGCAACAGAAGAAAAUAAAAAAUCUCAGAGCUCCACAGCAGUCUUCAUGCUAUACAUAAAAGAUGUGAACGAUAAUCCUCCCCGGUUAGCAAAGGGUAAUCAUCUAUUCUUCUGCCAUCCGCUCCGUGGAGGAGUAAGAGCAGAGAUCCAGGCCACCGAUGAUGAUGAACAACUGUAUUCUCCAGAAUUCACUUUUUCUCUCGGGGGUGGUGAAAAUAUAAAGAGUGACUGGGAAAUUUCUAGAAUAGAUGGCACCCAUGCUUACCUUUCCCCAAAGCACACUAAUCUAGAGGAGAAACAGUAUAGCAUUCCAUUAAUAAUUAACGACAACGGAAAACCACCUUUGGAAGGAAACCUGGAUCUUCAAGUAAACAUUUGCAGGUGUUCCGAUGAGGAGAGAUGUUUUAUAGAAGUAGAAAACCAUCCUGGGAUGCCAAGCACAGGCAUGGCAGUUGGUAUUCUUCUUGGAGUAUUGAUAUUCAUCGGUUUGGUUGUAGGAGGUGUAUUUCUCAAAAUGAAAAACAAGAAAAGGAAAGAACUUAAGAAAAAUGCAGUUGAGUCAGCUGAACUGAAAACAUUAACACAAUAAUUGUUUAUUUUAUUAGGGGAACAAAUGACUUUUGUAACUCAGACCUCCCAUAAAUGUAUUUUCAGAAACUCUUGACACAAACACAUACAUGCAGGUUCCCCCUGCUGCCCACUUCUAUUAGAUAUUAAGAUUCAGUUAUAAAAUCUAUAUACAAGGUUCAGUGGCAGCCAUUAAUAAAAAUAUCAGCCCUUGCCAGGAGUUAACGUGUGAUCCCAGAAACUAUUAGUAAAUAUUGACUGCUCUAUAUUCUUAGAGAAAGUUUUCAUUUUCCUACAAUUCUCUUUACAACAACAAGUUAACAGAGUGUCAAUCAAUUUAGGCUUCUCCCACAAAGUGGGAGGGAUCCCUUGACCAUAAAUUUAACUGCUCCCCAAAGCUAGCUAUACCUGGAGAUAUUCUGACUUGGACCACACCUGCUUAUAUUAUUACAUUAUUCUUGUAAAUUUAGGACAGUAAGAAUGACUGUGACUCACCAAUAUAUUAAGCAACCUAGGUUAGUGAAAUAGUAGGUAUUUUAAUUUUCCCUUUAUUGCAUGUAUCCACUGGGAUAGUCUAUAUUGUUUGCGUAAGCACCAUUGUCCUCCUUUAGUGUUCCAAGAAGAACAAAAAAGAGAGAUUUUUUUUUAAAGUCUGUACAAAUUUGUUGAUGUGCUACUGUAUUAUAAUAUUGCAAAUAACUUCUGGCUCUGUAUACAUUAGAUAGUAAUUAUAUGUUCUCCCAAGGGCUUUAUUGCUGUCCAUGAAACAAGGAUAUAAAACCAAUGCUGUUGGUGGAGUUUAACACAAAACUUUCCAUAAUAGAGACCUGAAAUGGUAACUUGCCAGUGGGCUGUGCCUAAUUCAUGGUUUAAAAAACAGGCUUAUAUUGAUGAAUUAUUUGGCGGUACACUGAUGAAGGGUUGUUUGUUUGUAAGUUUUUAUUCCCUGCUUAAAAAAAAACAAAGUAUGCAUGUAUGUCCCAAAUUUGAAAGGCUAUGUUUUUUUUGAAAGGGAUAGAAAAAAAGCCCUUCUGAAAGGGAGGUGAGGGGUGUGGGAGGGUGGGUGUUUACACAGCAAUUUUUUGGUCACUUUUGUAUAAAGUACAGAGCUGGAAGGAAAGGAACAUUACUUUGGUAGCAUUGCAUUAAAAUAUGUUUUCUUAGAGUACUGCCAAUAAAAACUUUGCUUUUGGCCUUCAGCCAUGUCUCACCACAUCACAUUGUCCAGCUGCUGAAGGUUGGAGAGCUUUGGUUGUUUGCUGUGGGGGUUAUUUCAUCUGCUGAAGUGUAUUUUAUGGUGGGAAGAUCAGUCCAUUGUGUUUGACACUAAAUUACGUCAGAGGGUGCAGUGUUAGGGAUGAGUGUAUUUAUAUUUUUAUAGAUCAUAUAAAUAAAAUAAAUGAUUAGGAAUCAAAGACCACCACUGCAUUUGUAUAUACCAAUGUGGUUCUAUCUCAAGAGGGAAUAUGCAAAAGUUCCAUUUUGUUUUAACUUCUGUUUUAGUUUCACUCAGUCAGACUGUCUCCCAUUUAGAACACGUAACUUUUUUGUAGGACGGUAAAUACACUCUAUGGUUCACCUGUAUUCACCCCAGCUAGAAGACGUCAUACUGUAUUAUUGAGUUUGACACUAUGAGCCUGAUUCUACCUUUCUUGUGCUCUGUCACAGAGCUCUUAUCUCAUCCUGUGGAGAUGCAGGCGCUGUCUCAGUUUCCUCACCUCCUUUGAGUAAUUUACCUUGCUCUCUGCAAAGCUUCCCUCCCAGCUGUGAAUAGUUUGGCCUUCAGGACAAAUUAAAAAGUCUGCUUGGUCUAAGGUAAGGAAAAAUCCAAAAGAGAACACCCCCAUUCCAUAUCUUAAUCCUUCAGUGCAGGGACCUCACAAAGUCUUUCAUCUUCCCUGGGCCACAGCCCUCUCUUCAAGGUGUGUGAGACCUCAACCUCCUCCCCUCAACAAGGGUUUACCCUUCUUGCAGCUAGGGGUCUACAAACAAUCCUUUGCACUAGGUUGCAGGGGUCUCAGCAAAACUAUUUCUAUAUGGCACUAUUAAGGCACAGAACAGCCUGUGCCCUCUCCCUACCAUGGGCUCCAACACUGAGGCCCAAAAUACUAAAGUUCCUAGCAUCUCCAGCCUCAGGUGUUCCUGCUUUACUUGUCCCCCAUGCUUGUCGGCCUGCCUCUUAGGCCUUCUCCCCAGUCCUUCCACAGGUUUCUUCAGCUCAGCCCCUCCCAAGCUCCUUCAUGGGCUCACUCUCUGCUGAGAACCCUACUGCAGCUCUCGGCCCUGACUUAGCCCUGGCAGAAGUUUGCUGCUAUCCAUGUCUCCCUUGCCAGAGAACAGGACCUGUUCCUUUUGACUCUGUAUUGAGGAAGGCAAGUGAACUUCAUUAACCUCUCUUCCCAACAUGCUUUGCUAUCAAUUUACAGUGCCUGGAUCCUUCUGGGAACUACAACUUCCAGAAUUCCUUGCUCUUCUGGGCCAGAACUCAACCUGAGCCUGCCUUUGUAAGACCAGCACAGCCUGACACAUGCUCUGUGAUGCAGGGCUCAGGCUCUCUGCCUAUUCCUUACUGGUGAAACAAAGUCUGUGCUGAUUGCAUCUAGGGUAAAAAAUCCUGCUGGGAGCAGGGAAACUGAGGCAUGGGUGAACGAUGCUUUGUAUCAGACCUCUGCUGGGAGAAGGGAACCUGAGGGUGGUAAAUAAUACUGCUAAACUCAUGAUACCUGCCAGAGGGUGUGAAAAUCCUCACAGGGGUAUGAAGCAAUCACUUGAUGAAGAUGGAAAAGAGGGGGAAGGUUCUUCUUAGUGUAUAGUUUCAGGGUGGUCAGUCAAGAUGUAAUUGAUCCCAAUGAGGAGGAAGCACAACUCACCUCUCUCCAGGAGUAUGAAGAAUGGGACUCAUCUUGGGAGAAAAUAGGGAGAUUCUACCUUGCCCCAGGACAGGGACCACUCAUCUCCCAGAAGCACUGUAGUGCCAAGAUCCACCCUGCAGAGGGACACGUCUCUCAUGGACACCCUUACCAGUCAGAAGUAUUGAAGUGACAAGAGCAUAUGGGAGCCCAGGAACUCUGCCGAUACUUAUUCUGUCCCUUUUUCAUAAAAACGUGUAUUGGUGUGUGUGUGCGUGUGUGUGUGUGUGUGUAUAUUUAAUCAGCGGGAUUGUUUACUGACUGAAUGUAUGAUGUUUGAAUUAAUAAGUAAUAGCAGAUACUCUGUCUAGAAGUGGGAUUCCAGAACAUCUCUGGGAUACUUGGCAUGUAUCCCUGCUCUGCUCUUUUUUGAGGGGGAGAAACGUGGGAAAUCUGUAUGUACAACUUAUGACUUCUGUUUGAUCUUGGGGGCUCUUUACAUGUAUCUGUGUCAGACUGCAGACUCCAUUUUGGAUGUGCGGGUCUUUACCUUCUCUCACCUCUUACCACCAUGCUGGACUGGCACUCCGAAGGCUGAUGGAAAAGAGCUGACAAUAGAGGGCCAAUGACAAUGUCCCAUUGAAACUGAAUUGCUCUAAACAAUAGGCUGGCUCCCAGGGCCGGUGCAAGGAAGUUUUGCGCCCUAGGCGAAACUUCCACCUUGCACCCCCCCCAGCCC